AUGGGGGGCUCCUGGCUGAUCUGCCUGCUGCCGGCGCUGGUGGCAGAGACCCGGCCAACUUGCUGCGCCUCUCGCCCAGCUCAGCCGCUGGACGCCGGUUCUGCGUCCUACGAGGAGCGGACGGUGACGGGGGUGCGGGGCCGGGCAGUGGAGCUGAGCUGCGGGCCCGCGGUGCCAGCGGUGGUCUUCUGGAGCUUCACAGCGGCAGGGAGCACCGGGCCACCACGGGCAGUGGCAGUGGGCUCGGGCCUGGAGGCGGUGGUGGCCCCCGGCGUGGGGGCGCUGGGUCAGGCCAGCCUGCGCAACGGCACGCUGGAGCUGCGGGAGCUGCGUGCCGCCGCCGCCGGGCGAUUCUUCUGCCAGGGGCUCUUCCCAGAGCCCGGGAGGCUCCGCGUGGGAUACGCCGCCGUGAUGCUGCGGGUGCUGGUGCCUGUCUCCAGGCCUUUCGUGCGGCCGACGGCAGCGGUGGCAGUGGAGGGGACAGAGGUGGCCCUGAUGUGCGCCGUGAGGGAGGGGACGGCGCCGCUCAGCUUCUCCUGGCAGCACCGGGAGCCCCGGGGGGGGGCCCUGGCAGCACCCAUGGGGCUGGGGGGCUCUGGGGCAGAGCUGCGCCUGGCACCUGCCAACCGCAGCCAUGCCGGCUGGUACGUCUGCACGGCCCGCAACGAGGUCAACAACCGCACCAGUGAGCCCAUCUACCUCGACAUUGUCUAUGGCCCUGAUGAGCCAGCCAUCAGCGUGGAGCCCUUCUCCCCCGAGCAGGGGGGCUUCUCUGCGGGCGAGCGGGAGGACGUGGUGCUGAGCUGCCUGGCACCCUCCAACCCCCCCAGCCGCUACAUCUGGCUCCACAACGGCUCCCAGGUCCACACUGGGCAGACCUUUGUCAUCGCCGCCAUUGCCCGGGGACAGGCAGGCACCUACACCUGCCUGGCCGAAAACACGCACCUCCAAACCCGCACCCAGGCCACCAUCAUCCUCACCGUCUACUAUCCGCCGGCCGGGAGCCCCAGCUGCUCUGCCUUGGCCACCGCCGACCUGCAGGACGUGGCCCUGCGGUGCCGCUGGCCGGGGGGCUUCCCCCCAGCCCAGCUGCGCUGGGUGGGCCCCGGGGAGGAGGAAGAGGAGGAGGAGGAAGAGGGGGCGGCAGGGCCAAGCUUUUCCAUGGCCACCAACAUCCGUCCAGGGGUGACCACAAGGAACGGCAGCUCCUUCGCCUGCCUGGCCACCCACCCCACGCUGCGGGAGGGGGCCAUGUGCAGGACCACCCUGUGGGUCCCGGCUGGCAGCCCUGCCUGCACGGCUGUGGCCACUAAGCAUGACGAGUUCGUGAUGCUGCGGUGCUGCUGGGAGGGGGGCAUGCCGCCGGCCACCCUGCGCUGGUGGGACAGCCGGGGUCAGGCGCUGGGUGUCCCCAUGCCCUCGGCCACUGUCCUUGUGCUGAGAGCCAAUGUCAGCCUGGGGGGCCAGGACUUCAUCUGCGUGGCCACCCACCCACUGCAGGCGGCUGCUGCUGAGUGUCACCUCCGGCUUGACGUCCCCAAGCUGGAGGUGGAGCGGAGCGAGGUGGCGGUGCUGGAGGGUGGUGAGGCGCGGCUGGUGUGCCGGUGGUGCGGUGUCACCCACCUGGGUGCAAAAAUGGUCUGGUACGACCCCCGGGAGCGGGAGGUGCCACCGGGCAUGGCUAAGUACUGGCUGGAGCAGGACGAAGCGUGGGCCAACCUCACUGUCCGGGAUGCCGAGUGGCCGGGGGAUGGUGGGACCUACCGCUGCACCGCAGCCAACGCCGUGGGCACCACCAGCCUCCCCGUCCACCUCCGUGUAGACCGGUACCCGGCCCCCCCCAACGUCACCAUCAGCAAGCUGCGGUACAUGCGGGCACGAACCGAGGUGCGGCUGGAGUGGCGGACGCAGGGCACAGGAAACCUCACUGGCUUUGUGGUGCAGCGGCGGCAGGCAAAGAAGCCCCAGCGCCGGGCACCCGGCCCCUGGGAAACAGCUGCCGGUGACAUCGAGCCCCACUCCCGCGAUCGGCGCCUGGGGGGGCUGGACCCCACUGUGGUCUAUGCCUUCCGCGUCCUGGCUGUCAACCACCGCACGGCCGGGCACCCCUCCGAGGUGCAGACGCCAGCCGAGCCUCCCUUCGAGGCACUCCCCGCAGUGACAGGGGCGGCGGUGGCAGGGAUGCUGGUGGCCGUUGUGGUGUCUCUGCUGGCUGUGCGCUGCGUCGCCCGCCACCGGGACAACCUGCCAUGGCUGCACGACCUGCUCUUCCACACGGCCAGCCCUGAAGCCCCCGAGAUCCCCAGCACGACCGAGGAUGCUCCAGCAACGACAAGCAGGGAGGACAGAGCAGAAUGGGGACAGGGAGAUGAGGGUGGCCCCAGCACAACAGCCCCAGCAGAGCCACUCUCAGCCCUGCCAGAUGCCGCUGCUGCCGACCUGCCGGUUGAUGUCCCCAUCGUGGUGAUGGCCACGCCAUGAGCAUGGCCUAACCUCGCGCCAGGGGCUUCUCCCAGUUGCUUCCUCUCCUUCAGUUUGAUGCUGGGGACAAGCUCUGGUCUGGCAAAAGCACCAGUGCCCACCGCGGUCCCUACAGCAUCUCCGGGGACGGACCCCAGGUGAGAGUCGCAGGGGCUC